ACCGUUCAACGCACCAUGUUUCCGGCUAAAUAAAGGUUUUGCUAAGUUUUGUUUGGGCUGAACCUAUACAGUCUAUGGGCUGAAUGUGCUCCAGGGAUAAAAUACCAGAGGAAACUGAACUUACAUUCAGCGUGUAGCAAGACAGAAGACUCCAAAGGUAGGGAGUUGACCUUGAAGACAACUGCACAGACUCCAUCAGUUGAUGAAGACAGUGUGAUAAGUUCCUGGAAAAGCUAGCAAGUGGACCUUGAGUCAGGAUUGUUUUGCCAAAAAGAAUGUAGCCCAUAUACAGUAAAACAUCGACAAGUCUUCAAAAGACAGCUUUCAGGAACCAGUUGACGCCCUCAGUCAGCUCCAUCCCAGCCCCCGGUUGACUGCCCCACCACCACUCCCCCUCCCACUCCCCUCCUCCUUUUUACACACACCGGCUCCCAAACCAUCCACCCAGCCAGUCACCUCAAGUGCGACCGGCCGGCUGGAGCGCAGGCGAACAAACAGAGCCAGACCAGAGAGACCCUGCUCGGCGCGCGGUGGGGCUUUUUCUUUUUGGGGGGUUUCAGCAAAAGAGACGCCGGAGCAGAGGAGAAGAAUGGGACGCCGGUGCUUGGAUCAGGACUGAGUCUGGUCGUCUGGUCGGCACAUUCAAAGAUACUCCGACCCGUUUUCCAAGUCCUCUUUUUCUCCCAGCUCAGAGUCACGUUUUCACUGCUGACACAAUGGGCUGCUGCAGCGGACGAUGCACUCUCAUCUUUAUCUGCACUUUACAGUUGGUGUUGGCUUUAGAAAGACAGGUCUUUGACUUCCUGGGUUACCAGUGGGCCCCCAUCCUCGCCAACUUCUUCCACAUAAUCAUCGUCAUCCUCGGCCUCUUUGGCACCAUCCAGUACCGGCCGCGCUACAUUGUGGUGUAUACAGUAUGGGCAGCUCUGUGGGUAGCCUGGAACGUCUUCAUCAUCUGUUUCUACCUGGACGUAGGAGGCCUGUCCAAGGACAGUGACCUGCUGACAUUUAACAUCUCAGCCCAUCACUCCUGGUGGAGCGAACAUGGGCCGGGGUGUGUGAGGAGAGAGAUGCCACAGGCUCCGGGGGUCCGCACCACAGAGAGCCACUCCUACAUCACUGUCAUGGGCUGCCUCAUGGACUACCAGUACAUCGAGGUCGUGCACAGCGGCACGCAGAUUCUUGUUGCCCUCCUGGGCUUCGUGUACGCCUGUUACGUUGUCAGCGCUAUCACUGAGGAGGAGGACAGCUUUGAUUUUAUUGGUGGAUUUGACCCAUUCCCACUCUACCAUGUCAAUGAGAAACCAUCUCAUCUCCUCUUAAAGCCCAUGUACCUGUCUACGUAAAUAGGAGGGCAUCCAGCGGAUGGGGUGGGGUGGGGGGGGUGAUGACACAGCAAAUUCCCACGGAGACAAAAUGGCUGUUUUGACACAAACGUCCCCAGUGCAAGCGGGGCACGCCAGACAUUCCUCCACCUUCUCGAUUUCAGUACUUUAAACAUGUCAUUUACUGGUGUGCUGCCCAGAAAAGCCAACACUUCUCAGUUAGGGUCCAUUGUUUUCCAGGGAGGGAUGACGGGUUCUGGGAAUGGGGGGAUUACAGUGCAACAAAGCCUCAUAUUGUGUAUUUAAGGAAAUAUCAAUCACUUUCUUUGCGUUGAUUUCUCUGCUAAGGUCCUGACCUGCCCAUAAUGUUCUAAUACUCUCCAAGAACAUGACUGUAUAGAACAUGUACAGCAUAUAAAUACAUUGUGUAUGUAAUGAGGGACUGCCCCAGCAUUCCCAGUCUGUGGUACUGUGUCUUAGAGGACUCAGUGAUUUAGCAUGUUAUUGCCGGUUUGGCUCAGAUCUUGGCCGGAGGGCUGAAUUACAGUGGAGCCUGUGGAAUGAGCUAUUGUGUGCUGCCUGUUUACUUUAGGCCAGGAUCUGUGUGCAUAAAUACACAAGUAAAGCAGGAAGAGGCAGGGGAGAGGAGAGGAGAGGUAGCGGGAGCAAUGGGGAGGGAACAAAAGCGCCAAAACCUACAGGGGCAUCUGUCGAAAAUAGAAAAUGUAAAUAAUGGAACGAGGGGAGGUGGGGUUGGGGUUGGGGUUGGGGUUGGGGUGGGGGGAAAGACAGUUUUGGAUAGAGAGGUUUACAUGUGAACUAUCAAGAAUGCAAAAGAGCGUUAGUGUGUGAGAGGUGUUCAAACACAAGGAAUGGCACGAGUCGUAACUUUUAUUUCUGGAGACUUAACGUUAUUGUGACUGUUUUUGCCAACAAAGCCCCCAAUCAGUAAUUCUGAGGCGUCAGACAACGUGCUGAAAACUUUUGUUUUCACUUCAGUUCCUCUCCUCUGACUCCUGGCACACCAGGAUGCUGUCAGGGAUCAUUACACACACACUCGAAGCAAAGGUUACACUAAAUAUUUUAACUUUGAGUAAAACAAUAGAAAUUGUUUAAAAAUUCAUAUCGCACAUGGCGGCAUCGAGUCUUAUGGGUAUGGUCUUCAGUGUAAAAGUAGCGUGGCUGUACUUUAGUGGAUCAGAUUAUUGUCUCCUGUCAGCUCAGCAGUUUAGAUUCUCAUUGGUGAUAGUUGUGAUUGUUUUAUAGCAUGUUUUUUACAGGGUUUGUAUUGUAAUUAUGUGUAUAACAUAUUAAGUAAUGACAAAAUAGCAAAACUGAUGUCUUCAACUGGCUUUACAGUAUAAGAGCUGGUUAAACUGUAACUAAAAGCUUCUGCUGAAGAGUCUCUUACUCAGAUUUGUUUCUAUUCUGACCCAGCAACAUUUAGGCAAAAGUGCACACACGUGGGUCAUAUCCUCUAAACUGAUUGGUAGCACUUUUUUUUUUUCCUUAAUGUUCCAUCAAUCAGGACUUAAAGUCAGUUGCAGUCAGAUCCCCUGUUGCUUCAGUUUGUGUGAAUCACUACUGCCCUCUGGUGUUCAAAGUGUUCACAUACAACUUAUGAGGCUGCUGCUACACACCUGCUCUUCCAUAAAUCUUCAUGGUUUAUCUUUAAACUAAUUUUCUGUUAGCAUAUAACAGUAUAUCUUAAGAUAGUGUGCCAGUGAUGAGUAAUUCUUAUGUAAGAAGGGUCAGCAAGUUCCUCUGGUUGUUUCACUGUCACAUUCAGAGUUUUUCUUUAACAUUUAGGCUAAACUCUUUUGUCAGUGAAUGUGAAUGCAGAAUACUUUCAGUAUUUUCUUUUCAAUAAUCAAAAAAAGUUGUGAACAAACACUCUGCUUUUUGUUGUUCAUUUGCUUUGUCUGUUUUUACCAUCUAAAAAUAUCCUGCUGGGUGUCAGAUUCCUCUGUGAUAUUAGAUGUACGUCACUGCCAGAUAGACUAUCUACAAACUGUUAUGAUUCUGAAAAUGAUCUGACCACUUCCUGCCGGCUAAUUUCAGAAUAAUGAGGGUGAUCUACUUUGAUUUAUAUGACCACCUCUCUAUUGGAAAGAUGCAAUAAUAAUUUAUAUGUCACUAUUGUCUUUAUAAGUUAAAGUUUACACACUCCUGCUAGGAUAACUGGUGUGUGGGUUAGUAAAAACACAAAGCACCUCAUAUUGUAACAUAAUCAGUAAUAGUAGUAAAAUGCUACUAAAAUGUAAAAACUAGUCUUCCUCAGUGCAAUACAGCCUCUUCCUAAAACCCAGUGACUGGAAUUAGUUGAGACCUGUUAUGGUUGUCUCUGUGUUAGUCUCCACUGAAAAAAGGUUCCACCUCUUUGUAGAUUUUUUUGUAUUUCUCUCUUCUACUUUGUGUCCUGUGUUGCCCUGUCCCCAUGUGACCCGAUUGUGUAAUCCUAUUUAUCCAGAACUGUGCUUUGUGUUCAUGUAAAUAGGUGUUUGUUAAUAAAAAAGAAUGUGCUCUUUUAA